UAAACUGUUUUUAAUAAGUAGAUCUCUAGAUAUAUAUAUAUCUUUUAAGAAUUAGAUUCAGAUCUAAAUCUAGUUGUAAUAAUGUUUAUAAUUAUAUAAUCCGUGUAGUAGAGUCUAGAUCUAGAUCUCCAUAAAAAAUUUGUUAGAAAAGCCUUCUAUUUUCGAAAUUUGCAUAGGCUAGGACAAAUACAAUAUAAUCAGUUUGGAUUCGGUUGUUCAAAAUGGCGAACGAAGUCACUCAUGCACCCAACAAAACAUGGGAAUUGAGCCUUUAUGAGCUUCACAGAACUCCGCAGGAUGCAAUCACAGAUAACACUGAAAUAGCAGUAUCGCCAAGAAGUUUACAUAGUGAACUAAUGUGUCCAAUAUGCCUGGAUAUGCUAAAGAAUACUAUGACAACAAAGGAAUGUUUACAUCGUUUUUGUCAAGAGUGUAUCAUAACAGCACUGAGAAGUGGUAACAAAGAAUGCCCGACCUGCAGAAAAAAACUUGUAUCUAAAAGAUCUUUACGCCCUGAUCCAAAUUUCGAUGCAUUAAUAUCUAAAAUCUACCCCAGCCGAGACGAAUAUGAAGCACAUCAAGAACGCUUAAUGGCAAAGCUGAAUAAGCAUCACAACACAGCUGCCUUAACAACAAGUAUUGAGGAAGGGUUGAGGCUUCAAGCUUUGAACAGAGCUCAGCGAGUUCGCAAGCAAAAUUCAGAAAGGAAAAUGGAUGAAGAGUCAAAUGAUGGCAAUGUGUCAAUGUCAGAAUGUCAGGGAAUACCUGAAACAGAUGAGAACAUUUCCAAUGAUGCAAUGCACCCCAAAGCAAUAAAGCAUUUUUCUGAUGACUCUAGUGCUGAAAAUUCAACUGGAGAAGCGAGUAUGUCUGAACAUUACUCUCGAGGCAGUCCAGAACCUGCCAUUCCACAAUUAAUAAAUGAAAUAGAAUUAAUUUUCAAACCUCAUCCAAAUGAUACUGAGAUAGUUGAUCCAGCCUCACAGACACGAUAUAUCAAGACUACUGCUAAUGCAACUGUUGAUCAUUUGUCAAAGUAUUUGGCUAUAAGACUAUCUUUGGAUAACGCAUCUGAGAAUGAAGAGGAAGAACAGUCAGGCAGCAGACUUUUUGAUAUCUUUGUUUCGACUCAGCCUGGUCAGUUUGUGCUUCUCAGUGGCCCAACCAGCCUUGAACAAGUGAAAGAAAAGUACUGGAAAUUCAACAAACCUUUGGAAAUAUUCUACUCUAUGAGAAAGUCAAAUCCCACUUCAGCAUUUAAAAAAGUUCACCCUGAGAGUAAAUAAGUCCAACCUGUUGAAAGGGGAGCUAAUUAUGAAAUGAGAAGAGUUGAGGCAGUUGGUUUAUAAUAAAGAUCUAUAAAAAUGACUAGUGCCAUAUUGUAAGACAUUUUAUUCACUAAUAUUAACUGAUACAUUUGACUUAUAAAAUAAUUGUUUAGUUAAAUGAAACAUUCAAUAAUAUUCUCUAUUCAAUUAUCUGUAAUUACCAAGCUUAUAGAAAUAAUGGCUUAUUUCAUUGGCAAGCAGUGAAUUGGAAAAAUCAGUUUUGACUACUUUUGUAAACAAACUUAAUCUUCUAAGAUUCCAAUGCAUCCUUCAAAUCACAAAGAUGAAUUUCAAAGUUGAUAUAUGCACAAAAUUGAAAUUGAGACUAUUUGUCAAGGCUACAUUUGCUGCUAUUUCAUUUGGGGUUGUGGGUAUAUAGUAGCUCUUAAUAAUAGGAUUACUGAAAUUCAAGUAUUCUAUGAAUUAGAGCAAAAUGUUGACGACAAAGACUACAUAAUUGUGUUAAUUGACAUUAUGAAUAAAAGUAAUUAUGUACAUGAAUUUAAAUGCCUAUCUUUCAAAAAAUUACCGAAAAAUUAAACAAAAGUAAAUAAAUUUAAUAUGGUUCUGGCUAGAUUCAAUAGAUUACAAUAGUUUUGACACAGUUGCACAAAAAAGAAAUAUAUAUAAAAAUAUAGACAGAGAGAGAACAUAAUUGGGCUUAUUUGUUUAUAUUGUAAAACCAUAAAAAGUGAUCGUUACACAUAUUACAUUUAAGACUGCCAUUUGGAAUUCUAAUAAUAUUUUCUUGUAAAAUAUGUAGCUAUUCAAAUUCAUUUACAAUAUUUAUUUUUUUUGUAUUUAACAGCAUCCAACCAAUUUUGACAAGUAACUAUCCCAUCUAGAAACUAUUUUUCCAUUAGAGGUUUCUAGAGUUACCAUGGUUACUUUCUACAAGGAAUCUCAUCACAACAUAUUAGUUUAAAAUAUACAAAUAAUGAAGGAAACUCUUAUACAAUAAAAGCAACAAUUAAGUUUUCUCUAAUAUUUUUUUUCUGUUUGGUGACUAAAAUAAACAUGUUUUUCAAAAUAUACUAUUUUGGCAUAUUUAGUCAAAUAUUGGCAAAAGUCAAACCAACUAGAAUCUGAAAAAAAAAAAUGAUGAUUCAGUUUUAAUUCUAGAGCAUUAUUCUUUCAAAAACUAGUAGAAAACUUUUGUUUUUAAAUACGGUAACAAGUCUGAAUCAGUUUAGCCAUUGCAGCAUGUCCAUAUUUAAUAUUGCAGUCACAAAGCUAACUGUAUCAUUGUUUUUUAUGGGUUUGUAUGCUAUUGAGAACUAUUUUUUUUUUAUGUCUGGUUUAUUCUAUUAUGUUUUUCAAACUAAUUCUACAAUGCAUUGAUUGUAAGAGAAAUAGCAGUAAGUAGGAUGAUGUGUGCUUUUUUUUUUUUUUUUUAUCUAUUUGAAACCAUUUUGUUGUUUUGUUUUGUGUAAUGAACUCUGUGCAAUUGUAUUGUAAGUUUGUUUUCUAAUCAUAAUAUUUAGUUGUGGGGAAAAAAAUCAGUAACUUGGUGGAAAAGUGUUUUUUUCUUUUCAAACAGCCAACAGGCACAAACAAAGUAAGUUACAAGAGAAGAGAGGUGGAGGAUUGCAAAAGUAAAAUUACUCACAGACUCAUGAAUGGAGAAAGACAUAUUGUGCUUGACUUGGGUGUACCCUUACAGUGAGGAAAGAAGAAAUUUGGCUUUUAUUAAGACUUCUUUAGUACAUUGUGUGCAUGAGUGUUCAUAAAUAUAAUGCUGUUGCCAAUCUGUUUAUUUUUUUCCUCAAUGGUGACUUUUUCACUGAGUAACUGAUUUAGUCACACUGUCAAGAUUUUUAGGUUGUCAAUUUGGAGACAGUCUAUUGAGGUUAAUUAAAGAACUUUUUCGUUUGAA